AUGUCUAUACGGUUGCAACAUCUGCAUCUUGCUAUGGUGUCGUUUGCCUAUGCGUUUCUAUUGGCCAUUGGUCUACUAGUGGCAAAGUUCCUCUAUGUUGGCCUUACGUGCCCCACGAAGCAUUUACCCGGUCCUUGGUAUACUCGCUUCACGCAUUACCGUCUGAAGCGUGCCGUAGUAACAGGACAACGUAUCUUUUACAUUGACUCCCUUCACGAGAAAUAUGGGCCCAUCGUGCGACUAUCUCCCACCGAAGUCGCCGUUGCCGACCUGGAUGCCUUCAAGGAGAUUCACAAGAUUGGUACCAAGUACAUGAAGAGCGAGUGGUAUCUCCGUCUGGCCAACUUCCCUAAGGCUGGCGUUUUUACUAUGCUUGACCCACGUGAGCAUGGACCUCGAAGGAAGCUCUUGUCGAGAUCCUUCAGCAGAACCUACCUCGUUGAACAUUGGGAGUCGGUGGUAAGAGACAAGGCACUCAUGGCCGUGACUAAGAUCAAAGCCGAUGCUAUGCAAAGCACCGCCGAUGUCUACAACUGGUGGAUGCUUCUCGCAUCAGACGUUAGUGCCCACCUUGCAUUCGGAGACUCAUUUGGCAUGUUAGAGUCAGGACAUCAAAACCAAUUCAUGCGUGUGCUCAAGAAGUUGACAAUGGGUGCGGGUAUCAUGGUCGAGAUGCCUUUCCUCCGCCUCCUGCGCUUCGUUCCCGUUCCUGCAGUACAAGAGAUGUUCAACGCCAACGAGUUCAUUCUUGCUGGCGCAGGCAAAGCCGUAGAAACAGCACGAUCGCGCACUGGCGAAAACAACAUUUUUGCCAAGGUCAUUGAGGACUGCGAGAAAGAAGGUGAGGGCCAUAUCGAUGACAUGGACGUCAGAAUCGAAGCCAUGAACGUCAUCAUCGCAGGUACCGAUACUACGGGUGUUACUCUAACCUACCUCACGUGGGCCGUGCUGCAACGACCCGAGUUGCAGGCGGCGCUUGAGGCUGAGACUGCGGCGUUGGAAGAGGGCUUCACGGAGAAUGAUUUGAUCAAGCUGCCAUUGCUUAACGCUGUUAUCGAGGAGACGCUUCGAUUGUAUGGUGCUGCGCCGAGCAGUCUGCCGAGAGUUGUACCUCAGGGUGGUACCAAAUUCGCUGGACAUUAUAUCCCACAGGGUGUGACGGUUGACACCCAGGCGUAUACCUUCCAUCGCGACCCUAAGAUUUGGAGUGAUCCUUUGACUUUCAACCCACAACGCUGGAUCGCCGACAAAGAGGGUAUGGUUGCAGAGGCUCAAUCACCCGCCGCUAAGCUCGCGUUUCAUCCUUUCGGUGCUGGUGCACGAUCGUGUAUCGGUAUCCAUCUGGCGCGCAUGGAACUGAGAUAUGCUGUUGCAUUCUUCUUCCGUGACUGCAGAGGUAUAAGGUUGGCCGAAUCAACAACGCCCGAGAGUAUGGAGUUUGAGAAUUUCUUCCUAAUUGCACCAAAAGCGCAUCGUUGUGAGAUCACAUUCAAGCAGGGCAUAUAG